AUGCUUGGAUGGUUGCUUUUCCCUGCACUGAGCCUAGAGGAUGCAACAUCCACAAGUGAUGAUGCUAGCGAGAGUAGCCAGGGCGCCACAGGGGAGGGAGACCGCCAAAGCGGAGAACAUCCCCCGGUCGCGUUGAGACUCUUCAGUCCAAUUAGAUCAACGUCACAGGAGGCCUUGAAAGCUGAAGUCAUUGCAGCAGAGGCUGCACUAGCCAUGCGGGCUGAGGUUGAUGGCCUUCCAGUGGUGUACGAUUCCCCUGCGGUCUCCAUCUCCUUGCGGAAAGUGGAUCCCCAGACCUUGAUCCAGUCGGGUGCGCACGUGGAGGCGCCCGAUGGCGCCUCGAUCCAGAUCCCCGCCGAUCCUCGGGUGAAGGGCCGGCACGGAGGGCCGGUGACCAUUACGGUCACCAGCUACCAUGCGGGGGAUUCCAUCAAUAAGGACAUGCCACGGAUCAAGUAUGGAGCCGAAGGCAUACAGUUUCAGCCCCAAGAGUCGGACCAUCGAAGCGAGCAGAACGCGUCGUCCAGCGAGAGCCGCAAUGAGACGGUCAACAAGACAGAUCGCGUGGAUUUCUUCAUGACCAGGACCAGUGUCAAUUGGCGCGGGACGAUCGAUGUGAAAGUGCCAGGGCUGGCUGCUAACGUACCAGCACAUGACCGGCCAUGGACACCCUUCGGGGAGGAUGAGCGCUAUGCAGAAGACAAAGCAUCUGUGCGCACGGAACUGGAGCGAUUGGCGUCCUUGGAGCGCUCCGGCGAACGCUUGCGGGGAUACCGAAAGCUGGCGAUGCAAUGGCAUCCUGACAAGCAUCCACCCGAGGAACGAGCGAAGGCCACAGAAGUCUUUGAGUAUUUGCAGGAGCUUCGCUUGGCACUUGGCCUCUCCACCCGCAGCGAUGAGAGCUGA